AUGUCCGACGGCGGCUACGAUGAUGACUUUGACGACUAUGACGAGGACUUUGAGAGCGAGGAGGAGCCAAGUACUGCCACACAGCAGCGGCCCGUGGCAGCGGCCCCCGUGCAAUGGGCGGCGUCGGCGCAGCUGCCUGGUGGCGAGUCCUCACUGCCCCGCUCUGCACAAUUGGUAGCGCCUCCUCGUCAGCAGCAGCGACGGCCAGAGCAGGGGCCGGCAGCAGCAGCGCCGGCGGCAGUGGCGACGCCCGGCCUAUUCACGUUCGAGCCAGCGCCCGCCGGCCCCAGCGACGCUCAACGGGCGGCGGCGGCGGGGCGCCUGGCGCGCUCGCGCCUUGUGAUGCGCCAGGUCGAGCUGUCCGAGGCGGCGCUGCCAGAUCUCUUCAGAUCUGAGCCCCUCUCAAGGCGGGAGCUCAUGGCGCGGGGCCAAGGCCCCUUUGCCGCGGCCCGCCUGCGCGCCGCCGCCUGCCAGGCAGGCGUAUUGGGGGAGGACGUCCACAACGCGGACUGCCAGUCCGACCCGGCGCCUCCCCAGUCCGAUGCCGCCUGCCAGGCGCCGGACUGCGGCGGCGCCAGCGGCGGCGGCGGCGGGGGCGGCGGCCCAGUCAGCUCGCGGCGCGGCGCGGCCGCGGAGGGCGGGCGGCGGAGGGCGCGGAACGCCAGCAGCAGCGGGGCGGUCGCAGCAGCGGCGGCGGCGGCAGCAGCAGCAGCAGCAGCAGCGCAAGGGGGACGGCUCGAUGCGUUUCUGGACUGGGCAGGCGCGCAGGUGAUGGCCGAGCUCGCGCGCGGGCGGAGAGGGGAGGGGCUGUUUGGCAGCUGGGAUGUGGCGGGUGUCGCCGGCGGCGGCGGCCUGCAGGCUAGCAAGCAAGCGGUGCCAGGCGGCGGGGACGACGACAGGGGCCGCCGGGUCAGCGCCGGCAGCGUCGCACUCUCGUGGGCGCCGCUGCUCGCCGGCCGCCGCGCAGUGGCAGCGUGCUUCGCGCCCGCGGCGCGUGCCGGCGGCGGCGCUGCCGGCGCCGCCGGCGCAGCAUCAGAGGUGUGCAUUGCGUACACACCUGCCGCUACGCGGCGGGGCGCCGCGGGGGCGGCCGGGGCGGCGGUGACGUCGGAUCAAAAGCUGUCCAGCAGAGGGCUGCUCGCGAUCUGGGACGCGGCAGCCGCGGCCGCGGCUGCAGCCACGACGCAAUCUCGAAGCGGCGCGGGCGGUGGCGCGCCCCCGGCGGUGCUCCUGGUCUGCGAGGGCGCGCCCGCCGCGUGCUGCUACGGCGCCGGCAGCUGCGGCGGCGUCGUCGUCGCCGCGACGGGAGACGGCGCCCUGUGCGCCUGGGACCUGGGGGAGCGGCCGCCAGGGCCCAGAUCCGCGCGCGGCGGCGAUCUGAUCGAGUUCGAAUUCAAAUUGCAGGAGGUGAAGAUCUGGGCCCGGCGGCCAUCGUUCAGCAGCGAGGCGACCGCGCUGACUGAUGCGGUGGCACCAGAGCCGCCGGUGGCCGUGGCGGCGGUCGCGAGCGGCCGCGGCGCCGCCGCUGCUGCUCUCUGCGGCGGCCUCGCGGGCGGCGGCGGCGGCGGCGGCGGCGGCGGCGGCGGCGGCGGCGGCAGCUGCUCGCUUGUGGUGCUGGGCGCGUGGGGGCGGGUCAGCGUAUGGUCUGCGCGGCUGCUGGCGGCGGCGGAGGCGGCGGCGGCGGAGGCGCACCCGGGGGUGCGACCGGGCAGCCGCCUCAUUUUGGUGCGAACCCAAGAGUGCCUUCCCCUCGGCCGCCCGGCCCCACGCGCGCACGGCCCCUCGCCGCCGCUGCCGCCGCCGCCGCCGCCGGCACACGCUGAGGUGGCGGCCACCUGCCUCGCGCUCGUGCCCGGAGAGGGGCAGCAGCUGCUGGCCGGCACGGCGGGCGGCGUCGUACUGCGAGGCGCGCGCGUCGGCGCGCCGCGGGCGCCGCGCGAGUUUUGGCCAUGCGAGGCUCGCCCGCCGCUGCGGCAGUGGGAGUUGAACGGUGCCGAUGGCGGCGGCACGGCUGGAACGGCGAUGGGGCCGUGCGGCGGCGGGCUGGGGGCGGCGGCGGGGGCGUGGGGCGCGGCGGUCACGUGCCUUGCGUCGUGCCCGCUCUGCCCCGAGGCGUUUCUCACGGGUUACAGCGACGGCGCGCUGGCGCUGCACGCGCUGGGGCGCGGCGCGGCGGCGCGGGUGUGGAGGGGCAUCGCGGCGGCGCCGCUCGUUUCAGUCAGCUAG